GUUAAAGUUAAAUUCGAAGAUAAAUUUAGUAAAAAGGUCGGUGUUAGUGUUAUAUUAUAUUAAACAACAAGCGAAAUAAAUAAUCGUAACACAUAUAUCAUUAUACACUGAGACUUCUCAAUCUUUAAGAACUCAUCAAAAGUUAGUCUAUUGUAACUAAACUAUCCUCAAAAAUGUCUGAAGAAAUUGAUUUUACCAAAACAAUUAAAACCGAACCGUUCGAUGAUUAUCCUCAAGUGAAACAGGAACUUGAUGAUUAUGAUACGUCAAAUUUGUAUAUGGAUGAUGAUAUUUGUCGGCAGCAAUUUCUUAAAUCUGAGGUUACAAUUGACGAGGAAAUAAAACAAGAGAUGAUUGAUGAGCAAGAUGACAUGACUAGUACAAACAAAACUGUAUUAGAUGAAAGUUCUUAUAUAUGUGGUGAAAAGAUCGGUGAAUCAAGUAAUUUAGUGGAUAGUAGGAACAAAUCAUUUGAAGAAGUUUCAGGAAAAAGUGAAACAACUAAUAAAUUGAAACCGUAUACAUGUGAAUCAUGCAAUAAAACAUUCACAGCAAAACAUAGCUUACAACAACAUGUAAUGAUUCACACUGGGGAACGCCCUUAUGAGUGCAAAAUAUGCAAUAAAACAUUUUUACAUUCAAGUAGUUUAAGAGACCAUUUAUCGAUUCAUACUGGUGAACGUCCUUAUGCAUGUGAAAUAUGUAAUAAAACAUUUCGAAUGAAAAGAGUGUUAAAACAACAUAAAGCAGUCCAUUCUGGAGAACGUUCUUAUGAGUGCAAAAUAUGUAAUAAAACACUUUUACGGUUAAGUUAUUUAAAAGCACAUUUAUCAGUUCAUACUGGAGAACAACCUUAUGAGUGCAAAAUAUGCAAGAAAACAUUUUUACAUUCAAGUAGUUUAAGAGACCAUUUAUCGAUUCAUACUGGUGAACGCCCUUACGCAUGUGAAAUAUGUAAUAAAACAUUCAGAAUGAAAAAAAUGUUAAAACAACAUGAAGCAGUCCAUUCUGGAGAACGUUCUUAUGAGUGCAAAAUAUGUAAUAAAACAUUUUCAUGCUUACGUUAUUUAAAAACACAUUUAUCAGUUCAUACUGGAGAACAACCUUAUGAGUGCAAAAUAUGCAAUAAAAGAUUUUCACAGUCAAGUAAUUUAAGACAGCAUUCAUCAGCGCAUAGUGAAGAACGACCUUAUCCAUGUGACAUAUGCAAUAAAAAAUACAAAACAGAACAAAAAUUAAUGCGACAUAAAAAAGGACAUACUAGAGAACACUCUGUGAAAAUGAAUACAAGAUAUACAGUUGGAAGAAGUUUACGGCAAAACUUGCAUCAGCGUCCAGCACGUCCUCAAACGGUGCAGGGAGAGGCCAUCGAGUUUUGGGACCGAAAAUGUGUCUUGCUUACCGAAUUAAUGCUUAAAAAGUCCACUAUGCGAAACACUAACAAAACUCAAAAAAGCCAUCCAAAAUCGCCGGAGAAGAAGACCGAGCAAGGGCGUGGCGGCGGAGUUCUUCGAAGCGGGUUUACACAGAAGUGGAAAACUCCUCAGCAAAAAUGCGUUGAAAAAUCUGGCGAUUAUCAAAAUGGAGGAGAAAUAUCAAAGUGGUUUAUGGUUAAAGUUAAAUUAGAAGAUAAAUUCAGUAAAAAGUUUGUUUAUUAUAACCUACAAACUUCAAACAUGUCUGAAGAAACAGAUUUUAACAAAACAAUUAAAACCGAACCGUUCGAUGACUAUUCUCAAGUGAAACAGGAAUUUGAUGAAUGUGAAAAUACAUCAGAUUUGUAUAUGGAUGAUGAUAUAUGUCGGCAGCAAUUUUCAAAAUCCGAGGUUACAAUUGACGAGGAAAUAAAACAAGAGACGAUUUAUGACCAAGAUGAUGUGGCUAGUACAAACAAAACUGUUUUAGAUGAAAAUUCUUAUAUAUGUGAUGAAGAGAUCAGUAAUUCAAGUAAUUUAGUGGAUAGUACGAAAAAAUCAUUUGAAGAAGUUUCAGGAAUAAGUGAAACUACUAAUAAAUUGAAACCGUAUACAUGUGAAAUAUGCCGUAAAACAUUUGCAACAAAACAUAACUUAAACCGACAUAAAAUUAUACACUCUGGGGAACGCUCUCAUGAGUGUAAAAUAUGCAAUAAAAGAUUUUUACGGUCAAGUAGUUUAAGACAGCAUUCAUUGAUUCAUACUGGUGAACGUCCUUAUGCAUGUGAAAUUUGUAAUAAAACAUUUAGAAUGAAAAAAAUGUUAAAACAACAUAAAGUGGUCCAUUCUGAAGAACGUUCUUAUGAGUGCAAAAUAUGUAAUAAAACACUGUCACGGUUAAGUCAUUUAAAAGCACAUUUAUCAGUUCAUACUGGAGAAAGUCCUUAUGUGUGCGAAAUAUGCAAUAAAGCAUUCACAAAUAAAUAUAACUUAAUCCAACAUGAAAUGAUCCAUACUGGGGAACGCCCUUAUGAGUGUAAAAUAUGUAAUAAAACAUUUAUACACAUAAGUACUUUGAGAUCCCAUUUAUCAGUGCAUACUGAAGAACGACCUUACACAUGUGAAAUAUGUAAUAAAACAUUCAGAUUGAAAAAAAUAUUAAAUGAACAUAAAUUAGUCCAUACUGGAGAUCGCUCUCAUGAGUGCGUAAUAUGCAAGAAAACAUUUUUAUGGUUAAGUAGUUUAAGAAAGCAUUUAUCAGUGCAUACUGUAGAAAGACACAUUCAAUAAA